CUAAAAUCUAUAUUCAGUUUGUCUAAUAAGAAAGUAGUCGAAUAUUUUGAAAACACAAUUUGCCGGGUAGAGUUUGAUGGUAACCAUAGCAACGACGAGUGUUUGCAAAUGGCCUCCUGUGUGGAAACGGAAAGUUAGCGUCAAAGUAUAUCCAAGUAACAAUGUCCGACCCACUAAACCGCAGUUGUUCAGCUACAAAAAACGAAGACAUUUGGACAUGUGAGGGUGACGAAAGGUUUUUCCAGUCUCUGUAUGAGUUUAUUGACCACGAGACAGAGAACCUGCAGUGUCCGGAGGAGGGCCCGGACGAGCCGCGCCACUUCAUCUACCGCUCCGUGUUUAACAAGGUGAUUGCACGAGCGACGACCUAUAGGAGACUUCUGCUGACCAUAAAGGCGGGGUAUGAUGACAUCAUCACAGCGCUGCAGAUGAGGAAGGAUGAGGCCAGGAUGACUCAGCGAACUGUGGCGGCCUCCACAUCACACACAAAAUCACUAAUAACCUGCCAGAGACGAGCUGCCCAGCUGAGGGAGAGGAUCUCCACCCUUCAGAGGGAAACGGCACAACUCGUGGAAGACAUGAAGACACAGAAGUGGUCUGAAGAGCAGAGCAUGUGGAUUCCCGGUUUGACGGUGGCUGAGUCAGAGGAUCCUGAGGCUCUGGACGGACAUCUGAAGCACCUUGAAGCCCAGAGAGCUGCUCUUCGGGACAGGAAGAGUCACUGCGUCCCUCUGGAGGUCAAAGCCGAGCUGGACACUAAACUGCAGGCCGCCGAGUGCCACCGAGACCAGCUGAGCACCGAGAACAACCGACUGAAAGUGCUUUAUGAGCGUCUGAGGCUCGUGUCUGACCGUCUGUCCAGCUGGGAGGCCAAGGAGCAGCAGGUUCCUCUAGAGGAGCUGCUGGGGUCCACUCGGCGGGACAUCAGACAUACCAGCGGUGAGACACAAACCAAAGACCUCCAGGGACAGGAAGUGACAGACGCCGAGCUGUUUGAGGAUGAAGAGCCGACCGGAGUGGACGAGUCCAAACUCCUGACCGAUUACCUGGACAGGUUUAUCGAGCUCUUUGAUUCAUCUCAGUAUGAGGAGGCUGCCUUCCUCGCCGCCAGAUCUCCUCGAGGAGUCCUGAGGAACCUCGACACCGUGGAGAUGUUUAAAGGUGUGAAGGGGCCCCCGGGAUCCGUCCCCCCUCUUCUGCUCUUCUUCCAGGCCCUGCUGAUGACCGUCCCGGCCGGCGAUGAGCUGCCGGCUGCUCUCUCUCUGCAGGCCGUCCACUGCGUCCUGCAGCACGGCGCCGUGCAGCUCGUCAGCCACGCCGUCACCCACAACAAACUGACCUUCUCUGAGGAGCUGGGAGACAUCCUGACUGAGCAUGCUCAGAAGAACCCCAGAGUUCGGGACUUGUGUUUGGCGUUGGCCACCGUCGUUUACGAGGCCUGCAGGUUGGAGAGGAAGACCGCACUGAGCAUGUGCAGGAGAGGCCUGAUCCACAGCGCCACCGAGCUCAUGAGGGACAGCAAAGUCUUCGCAGCAGAGGACUGUAUGUGGGUUCUGUGUCGCUCGCCCAGCCUCUCCCUCCUGCAGCUGUUGACAGAACCUCAGCGGGGCCAGGCGGCCAUCUUGUCAGCGAGCGGAGCCUGUGGCACUCUGCUGGCAGACCCUCAGCAACAGGAGCUGGCUCUGCAGCUGCUGGACAGCUUUGUGAGCAGAGGACGAGGGGUUUUGGGGGAGGUGAUCCUGGAGGACUGCGGCUCCUCACCGGACGUUUGGGCCCACAUGGCGUCUGUGUGCUCUGAGCUGAACCGGGCUGACCUGAGUCAGGCCAUCCUGUCCGUCCUGCUGAACCAGAGCGGGACCAGAGUCCUGUCCCCAGACCUGGAGGGGGCCCGGCUCAUGGAGCACAUCUUCCUGUGAGAACCGAAGCUGCACUGUGACCUCUGGCCUGUGAGCUUUGGCUGAUGUCAGUGAAAUGACUCAGGUAAAAAUGUGAAGCAGUGACAGCUUGUGGCCAGCAGGUGGCGAACAGACUCACACUGAAGCUGAGAUUAAAGUGACUGUCAAACGCACACACGCAAACGCUGAUCAUUCUCACUUAAAUAAGAAUUUUAACAACAAUACUGGUCAAGAUAACAUUUCAUAAUUUCACUUUCAGAAAUGAAAAGAAAAUCACAAAUUAUUGAUGAGGGUGAGAGCUGAUCACGACACGGGACUGGGGGACACUUUUGCUGUUUCAGGUUCACUUCUGAACAUUGUGGUCUUACUGAUCAGCCUGCAGGGGCCACGCCAGAGAAGGUGUGAGCUCAUUAACAUGUUCAUUCAUCACUGUGUGCUUUGUUCAACCAAAAGUCCAAAACCCAAAAGUUCUUCAUUUACUGUCAGAAAUGACAAAGAAAAAGCAAAAUCAAACAUCAU